AUGGGAAGUUUGAGUACGAUCCUUAGUCACCCAGAUGAGAUAUAUCCACUCUUGAAGUUGAUAAUUGCGAUUACGAAAGCUAAGAAUCAGAUCCCACUUCAUGAUCCACACUUAGCUUUUUGCUACUCAAUGCUCCACAAAGUUUCUAAAAGCUUUUCUCUUGUUAUUCAACAACUUGGCACCGAGCUUCGUAACGCGGUGUGUGUGUUCUACUUGAUUCUUCGAGCUCUUGAUACUGUUGAGGAUGACACAAGCAUACCAAUGGAGAUCAAGGUCCCAAUUCUGAUAGAUUUCCACCGUCACAUAUACGAUUGUGAUUGGCAUUUUUCAUGUGGUACGAAGGAUUACAAGGUUCUAAUGGACCAAUUUCACCAUGUUUCUGCGGCAUUUAUGGAUCUUGAAAAAGAGUAUCAAGAGGCUAUUGAAGAUAUAACCAAAAGAAUGGGUGCAGGAAUGGCCAAGUUCAUUUGCAAGGAGGUAGAAACGAUUGAUGACUAUGAUGAAUACUGUCAUUAUGUUGCUGGACUUGUUGGCUUAGGUUUAUCAAAUCUCUUCCUCGCUUCGAAAUUAGAAAUCUUGGGUCCUGAUUGGAAGCAUAUUUCGAAUUCUACAGGUUUAUUUUUGCAGAAAACAAAUAUUAUUAGAGAUUAUCAUGAGGACAUUAAUGAGAUACCAAAACCGCGCAUGUUUUGGCCUCGUGAGAUUUGGGGAAAAUAUGUCGACAAGCUCGAGGACUUGAAAAAUGAGGAGAAAUCAACAAAAGCAUUGCAGUGUUUGAAUGAUAUGGUUACUAAUGCAUUGAUUCAUGUUGAAGAUUGCUUAAAAAGCCUGACUACAUUGCGUAGUCCCGCAAUAUUUCAGUCUUGUGCCAUUCCUCAGAUCGUGGCAAUUGGAACACUUGCACUAUGCUAUAACAAUGUACAAGUAUUUAGAGGCGUUGUGAAACUUAGGCGAGGUUUAAUAGCUAAACUAAUUGAUCGCACAAAAACAAUGGAUGAUGUCUAUGGUGCAUUCUAUGAUUUUUCUUGCAUGCUAGAGACAAAGGUUGACAAGAACAAUCCGAACACCAUGAAAACACUAAACCGACUCGAAACUAUCAAGAAAGUCUGCAGAGAAAAUGGAACCCUUCACAAGAGAAAAUCUUAUGUUAAAGAUGAAAUACAAUCAAAGGCUAUCUAUAUUGUAAUGCUUGUGCUUCUUCUACUGGCCAUAGUCUUUAGUAUCUCAAAAGCAAACCAGUGUAAGUGA